AUGAGAAAAUUUUUAUUUGAAUAUAAGACGGUGCGGAGACAACCUUCUGAGUCACAGACGUCAACUGAUAAACGGGAACGUUUAACGGUGACCACGCGACAAGUGACCUCGACGGAGACCGAGUUGCCUCGGGCGCCGCCCACCCACGCGGGCACGAUCCGCACGGAGGAGUACAAGCGGGACCUCGCGGAGUUCCAGGCGAGGAGGUCCGCCGGCGGCAAGGAGCCGCAGACGACGCCGGUGAAGAGGAAAUGCGGCCGCCACUCGCUGCCCGUCUCGUGCACCGACUGCGCACGUGACCCGGACACCAGCUUCAACUACGAGAAGAAGUCCGCGGCAAAGUACAAGAAGCGGCAGCAGAAGCUGACCGGCGACAACGUGCCGAACAUACAGUUCCUGUUUCAAAACCAGGUGUUCCUCCCAGGAGAUAUGUUCUCGUCAUACUCCGAGCCGGCCAAGUCGCGCCGCUCGCAGCGAGCAUACAGAUCGCCCGAAGCGGACUUUGGGGCGCAGAGGCACAUCGAUUUCAGCGAUGAGCAGCCGGCUUCACCGCCCCUGUUCUUCAAGAACAACUCGCUGGCGUUCGACGUGGGGAACUUUCUGGACGCCCCGCGGGGAGACGAGGUGGACGGGCGGAAAGGCGAGGAUCUGGACCCCUCCGGCGGCAAUUCACCGGCUGAACUUGACAAGGACGACGGUUGCGACGAGAAAAUGUGGGAGGUGAUGAGCGAGCUGAGACACUUCGACCAGUGGGCCGAUGAGCAAUUGCACGCGCCAUCUGCUAACACUACAAAGUCCGACGACAAUAAAAGUGACGCGAGCGUGUACGGCUUGCCCGUGACCAGCUCCAGCGAUCUGAGCGUGACCCUGGCCAAGGCCAGCGCUUGGCAGCCCGGCAAGUGGGGCGUGGUGCCGGUGCAGAUAAAGAAGCUGGCGGGAGUCACGUUGGAGCACGUCAAGAAGAAACGCAACGCGGAGAUAAAUAUAUUACGAAAAUAUCGCCACCCGAACAUAAUAUUACUGAUGGGACUAUUCCUGGACGUCCAAAACAACGUGAACAUAAUCUGUGAGAGAUGUACGGACUCGCUGUACGGCAUCCUCCAUGAGCAGGGCCGGAUACUCAGCGCCCAGACGUCGGUACAGUACGCGCUGGACAUCGCGAAUGCGCUCCUCUACCUGAGGAUGCAGGGCUACAUCCACACGCGCCUGUCGAGCUCGAGCGUGGCGGUGACGUCACAGGGCGCCGCGAAGCUCGCCGACGUCUCGCCGUGCGUCCCCCUCCCGCGCACCCAACAGAAAAGGGACAGACUAUACGACGACUACUCGCCGGAGCCGCAGUACGUAAACAUCCAAGAUUCGGGCGCGCCGGACUCGAACCGGAGCGAGAGCGAGCCGCUGCUGCCCGCCAGCGAGUCGGAGGCGCACGUGGCGCGGUGGGGCGUCGCCCUGCAGCACGGCGCCUUCCGCUCGUGCCCCCACUACCGCUGGCACGCGCCGGAGCUGUUCGCGCCUGGCGCCGACGGCCUGGUGCGGCCCUGCCCCAGGAGCGACGUCUACUCGCUCGCGGCGCUGCUGUGGGAGUGCUGCAACGGUCGGUGCCGCACCGCCACCUCCCUCUCGCCCGCCACCGGCGAGACGGAGACGGCGAACGUUCACGCUGUAGACCGGACACCGACCUCCCUCUCGCCCGCGACCGGCGAGACGGAGACGGCGAACAUCAAUGCCAACAAAGACGUUCACAUAUUAGCGCGACCGGAAAGACGGAGAUGGCGAACG